CCCCGGAGUUUGCAGGGCGCUGUGCCUGUGAAGGGCUGCGCCAAUGGGUGAGGACCGUCGGUAGCGCGCUUACUGGCUCGCAGGUCUCUCGAUUUUGCCGCCUCCCACCCCAGGAGAGCUCCUGGGGCUCAGUCUAACCGCUCCUCCCGCGACUCUUGUCAGUGCCAGGCUUCUUCGAGUCACGGCCCGCGAGUACUUCCGUGCCAGACUCCGGGGGCCGGGUCGGAACAUGGCUGCGUCGGGUCUGGAUCAUCUCAAAAAUGACUACAGAAGAAGAUUUUGCCGACCUGUCAGAGUACCUGACAUUAAUUCGAAGCAAGGCCAGAACAUACUGGAAAUCUUACAAGACUGUUUUGAAGAAAAUAGUCUUGCCAAGGACUUUAGCACAAAUUCUACAAAAUCAUUGCUUUAUUCAACACCUAAAAUAGGAGACAUUUGUAUUCAGUCACCAAGGAAAGAGGCUCAGUGCCAGAAAUCUCAUCCGAAGUCAGUUCCAGUUUCUUUAAGGAAGAAAGAGGCCUCUCUGCCGUUCAUUGUAGAACCAAGUGAAGUCAACAGAUCAGUUCAGGACCAUGAAGUUCAUCAGCAAAUUUUGGCAACUGAUGUUGGUUCUAAAAAGACACCUGACUCGAGAAAAAUGUCAAGUAAAAAACUAAAAGAUCAUCACAGUGAAGCUGAUGAGAAAUUGUACUUAUCUGUUGGCUCACCUUUUGUUCUUUUGGAUGCAAAAGCUUCUGUAUCGCAAAAUGCGAUUCCAUCUAUUGCCCAAAAGAGAGAGACCUACACUUCUGAAAAUUCAGUGAAUACAUUGUCUUCAAGUACAGAGAUUUCUCUUAAAACCAGAAAAAGGUUAAACUUUGAAGAUAAAAAUGCUUUGAAGAAAGUAGAAAUAGCAAAUAAAGUAUCAGAAAUAGAGGAUAAAGUAUCAGAAGAACCACAAGAGAGGAAAUCGUCAAGAACAUCUCAGAAAAGAGUAUCAGAUUCAGAAGAUGAAAUUCAGCCACAAACUAAAAAGAGUUUUUCAACAUUGUUUUUAGAAACUGUAAAAAGAAAAAGUGAAUCCAGUCCUAUUGUUAGGCAUAUAGCAACUGCUCCACUUCACUCAUCUCCUUCAAAUGACCUGAAGUUGUUAGAGGAUGAAUUUAUAAUUGAUGAAUCAGAAAGAAGUUUUGCCAGUCGAUCUUGGAUUACUGUACCCAGAAAGGCUGGGCCUCUGAAACAGUGCACAGUAUACCCUGCAGAGAGCUCUGCACUCCUUCAAAGUAAGAAGUCGAGAGAAAAACAUCACAAUGUAUCACCUACAACUUUGAUGAGUGACAAACAUUCUGACACAGAUUACCCAAUAGAGAAAUCUCAGCCCUCUGAACAAAAAAGACUGGGUAGGAGUUGUGCUUUGACAAAUGAACUGGAAAAUCAUAGAUCUACAAAAUAUGAAAUGUAUUAUGAGAAUGCAGAGAAAUCAUCUGGAAAGAAAAGGACUAUAAAACAAAAACAGAGAAGAAAAUUUAAGGACAGUAUACUUGAAGAACAGGUUGAUAUGGAACAAUCUAAAGAUAAAGAUAUAAAUAUGUCACAUAUCACCCAAGGAAGCAAGAAAAAUAGCACCAAUGUUCCUUAUACAGAGACUCAGAAAAAAGAUAAAGAAUAUAAAAAGAAGCAUUUUCCCAGUGGGUCCAAGAAGAAUAAACUUGUACCUGAUGAAGUGACUUCAACUAUUACAAGAAGUCGAAGAAUUUCCAGGCGUCCAUCUAAUUGGUGGGUGGUAAAGUCAGAACAGAGUCUUGUUUAUAGCAAUUCUUCAAGAAGAAAUGAAUUGUCAGUGUGUCACAACAGUAGACGAAAACCUGCUGAAAAAUCAAACCAAUCAUCUAAGAAUAUUGAGGAAAAAACCAUUCCGUUUAAAGGGCAGAAGAGAACUACUCUGGGCAGCUCAAGAGCACAGGAGUUUUUAAAUACUAAAGAUUCUGGAGGAAUUAUGGACCAUGAUGAAAUUUCUGGUUGUUCCCAGAAUGCGUCAUUGGAAAAUGAUGAGGAAGACCUGGCUAAGAAGAAAAAUCUUGAUCAUUCUGGAGGUACAAGAAGCACAAAGGAUCAAGAUAAUAUGACUGGACAAAAUGUUCAUCUGAAGUCUCAGAUCAGGGGAUUUACAUGCAAGACACCAGCAGAAUCUAACUUGGAUUCUGGAGAGCCUAAGACUUCAGUUUUGGAAGGAAGAGGUACAAGAAGCACAAAGGAUCAAGAUAAUAUGACUGGACAAAAUGUUCAUCUGAAGUCUCAGAUCAGGGGAUUUACAUGCAAGACACCAGCAGAAUCUAACUUGGAUUCUGGAGAGCCUAAGACUUCAGUUUUGGAAGGAAGAGGUACAAGAAGCACAAAGGAUCAAGAUAAUAUGACUGGACAAAAUGUUCAUCUGAAGUCUCAGAUCAGGGGAUUUACAUGCAAGACACCAGCAGAAUCUAACUUGGAUUCUGGAGAGCCUAAGACUUCAGUUUUGGAAGGAAGAGGUACAAGAAGCACAAAGGAUCAAGAUAAUAUGACUGGACAAAAUGUUCAUCUGAAGUCUCAGAUCAGGGGAUUUACAUGCAAGACACCAGCAGAAUCUAACUUGGAUUCUGGAGAGCCUAAGACUUCAGUUUUGGAAGGAAGUGGACCUUUCAGGCUCAAGAAUUAUUUAACAUCUGGAAAGAAUAAUUCCGAUGUGGAUGACAAGGAAGUUCAGGAAAGUUCAAGUGACUCAAGAGUAAAAAUAUCUACAGUAAUACCAGAGAAUAAAAUACAUCACAAGUUAGUAUUGCCUUCCAACACACCAAAUGUUCGCAGGACCAAGAGAACACGACUGAAACCUUUGGAAUAUUGGCGGGGAGAGCGAAUAGAUUAUCAUGGAAGGCCAUCAGGGGGAUUUGUGAUUGGUGGAAUACUGUCCCCAGACACAGUAUCAUCUAAAAGGAAGUCAAAAGGAAACAUUGGAAAAGUCAACAAAAUGGUUAAUAGGAAAAGGAUCUGUCUUGAUAAUGAGGAAAGAAAGAAUAAACUCAUGGUAGAUCUGAGUAUACCUCUGGGAGAUCCAUUGCAGCCAACAAGGGUAAAGGACCCAGAAACAAGAGAGAUUAUUCCCAUGGAUCUUUUAAGGCCACGAGAUACGUAUCAAUUUUUUGUUGAGCAUGGUGAGUUGAAAGUGUAUAAAACACUGGAUACACCUAUUUUUUCUACUGGAAAAUUAAUAUUAGGACCACAUCAAGAAAAGGGAAAGCAGCAUGUUGGCUCAGAUAUAUUGGUUUUUUAUGUUAACUUUGGUGACCUUUUAUGUACCUUACAUGAAACACCUUAUAUAAUAACAACUGGGGAUUCGUUCUAUGUUCCUUCAGGUAAUUAUUACAACAUCAAAAAUCUCCUGAAUGAGGAAAGUGUUCUUCUUUUUACUCAGAUAAAAAGAUGAAAGAUGAAGCAAAGUUUAAAUACGUGUGUGUGUGUAUAUAUAUGUAGACACACACAUAUAUAUAUACACACACGUAUAUAUAAAACAGUUUGUGCAGUUGAGACAUUUAUCUUUGUAAUUAUUUGUGAUAUUUUAAAAUAAAAAUUUUACUCAGUUUUGUGUGUUCUUUUAUCUGAUAAACAUUUCAAACCCCCAUGUGUCUUCUGAUUUUUUUUAUAAAUGUACACAUAGUCUGUAGUGAUGCCCAUAUUCAUAGUAUUUUAAUAACAUGAAAAGAAUCUCUGCUCUCACAGUGAAAUAUAGGACAUUUCUUUUUUAGAAGAGAUUUGAUUAAUAUGUUCAUUCAUUUAGUAAUCUUUUCCAAAUGUUUUAAGUCACUAACAAAAUAAUCCAAUAAUAGAGAAUUGUGGUAUAUGUAAAUAAUACAUCUGUAUUACUUUCUUAGGGCUUUGUAACAAAAUAUAGUACAAACUGGUGGCUUAAAAACAAAAAUUUAUUGUCUCACAGUUCUGAAAUCAAAAUGUCGGCAGGACCAUGUUCUCUCUGAAACCUUUAGGUUUCACAAUAAUGCUUCUGCUUAGCACUCGUCUUUCUAUUAGAAGGAGAAUCAGUGUGAAAGAUCCUUAAAAAAUAACUCAGCCUUCUUAAUGUUACCAGAUGCACUAAAAAUAUGUAGAUUUAGGAGAGAAAAUGACUAAAUGUCACAAACAAAUUGCUAACAGCUAUUCCUGAAGUCAUUUUAAUAAGUAUUUUCAUAUUAACCUGAAAAUCUUAGUUUCAUUUGUCAUUGUAAUUCAACAGUAUGCGUUAACUGUUUCUUUUAUUUAAAAAAAUCCGAUGCAAAUUUAUUUUCCUGUGAGGCUUGCUAAGACACUGUCUAUUAACUUCUCAGUGUCUCCAUAAGUUGCCGAAUUUAGUAUAUGAAUAAACUUUUUAUCACUAGAGAAACUGGUUAUAUUUGCUUUCCCAAGUCAAGAGUUACAGGACUAGAUGUGUUUCCCUCUUUACCUAGACUGGCCAGAUUUUUGUUCAGUAAUCUGCAAUGGCUUGAUUAUUUUUUUAAGUGAAGCAUUUAUUUUAUUGAUGUAACUUACAAAUGGUCAAAUGCAUAGAUCUUACAGUUCAAUGAGUUCUUGGCAAGUACAUCUUAUACAUUAAGUAACCCAUAAAACUUUUGCCACUUCAGGAAGUUUAUUCUGUCUAAUUCAAUACCUGUCAACCUGACUUGGGCCCUUGGACCACCAUUCUUUUUUAUAGUGGUAGGGAGGUUGUUCUAGAACUUUAUAUAAAUGGGCUCAUAAAAUAUACUUUCAUUCAACACAGUGUCUAAGUUUCAUCCACUUUGGUAUGUAUAUCAGUUGUUCAUUCAUGUUUUAUUUCUGAGUAGUAUUCCCUGUGAACACUGUUCCUUUUUGUAAUCCUUGUAAGAGUUAUUAAAAGAUUGGUAACAUUUCCUUCUUAAAUGUUAGAAUUACCAGUAAAACCAUCCAUGUCUGGAGUUUUCUUUAUGGAGAGAUUUUUUAAUUAUGGCUUUGACUUCUUUAAUAAGUACCAGAAUAUCCAGAUUUCUUAUCUUUUUAGUUUUGGUAAGCUAAUUUUUGAAGAAUUUGCCUAUUUCUAAAUUUUCACCUUGAUUUUCUUAAAUUUAUAAUAUUUUCUCUUUCAGAAGCUUUUUUGAGAUUUGACAUAAAGUAAUCUUAAAAUACACAUAAAUUAAUAUAAAAAUAGUAUGGUAUCUGAAGCACAGAUUUUGCUGUAUAAUUAUUUUUUAUUUUUUCCUUUUUUUGGUCAUUUUUUGCUAAGGUUUUAUCAGUUUUGUUCUUUCAAAAUAGUUAACUUUAGUUUCAUUGAUUUUUCUCUUUGUAUUUCUAUUCCAUUCAUUUUUGAUCUCAUCUUUAUAAUUUAGUGCAUUCUGGGGCACCUGGGUGGUUUAAUCGGUCCAGCGUUGGGAGUCUUGGUUUCAGCUCAGGUCAUGAUCUCAGGGUUGUAGAUCGAGCUCCUCAUUGGUCUGGGCUCCGUGCUCAGCAGGGUCUCUGCUUCUCUCCAUCUCCCUCUCCAUCUCCCUCUUUCCUCUCUCCCUCUCUCUCAUAAAUAAACAAAUCUUUAUAAUUUAGUGUAUUCUACUUUGGGUUUGAUUUGCCCUUUUUUUCCUAGCUUCUUAAGAUGAAUGUUUAGAUUAUUUUAGAAUUUUCUUCCUUUCUAAUUCAGCCACUUAAAGCUUCACUUUGAUAUGUCAUCUAAUUCAAGAUAUUUAAAAUUUUUUCUUGUAAGGUCCUCAUUGACCAGUGGGUUAUUUGGAAGUGUUUCUUGUAAAUUGUGAAUAUUUGGGGUUUUUCCAGAUAUGUUUUUUCUGAACUAAUUUGGAGAUUUGCUAAGUUUUUCUGCAGUUUUAGCUUUUGCAGCCACAUAUGGUUUACAUUGCAACUACUCAGUUCUGCAGCUGAAACAUGAAAGCAUCAGUAGACAAUAAGUAAAUGAAUAAAUGUGGUUAUAUUGCAAUAAAACUUUAUAUACAAAAUGCAGUGAUCUGUAUUCAACCUGUGAGUGUGAUUUUGUUAGCCUCUGAUGUAUGCAGAAAACAUACUUUGUACACUUUGAAUCCUUUAACAUUUAUUGAUAGUAUUUUAUGAUCAACAAUGUGGUCUGUCUUUGAGAAUGUUCCUUGUGUUAGAAACAAAUGUGUAUUCUGUUGCUGUUGGGUGGGGUAUUCUAUGUCUGUUGGUUGAUAGUGUUAAGUCUUCCAUAUACUUAUGAUUUUUGUGUAGUUUUUCUUUCCAUUACUGAUGAAGGAGUGUUGAUACCUCUGAUUUUACCUAUUAAAUAUUUAUUUCUUUUUUAUAUGUCAAUUUUUGCUUCAUCUAUUUUGAUUCUAUUAUUAGGUUCAUAUUCAUUUAUCAUUGUUUUACUGUUGAGCUAUUUAUCAUUAUGAAAUACCUUUUAGUAAUUUUCAUUUUAAAGUUUAUUUUGUCUGAUGUUAAUAUAGCUACUUCAGCUGUCUUGUAUAUACCAUUUGUCUGAUGUAUCUUUUUCUG